AGAGUGGCCCUCCCCCAACCGCGCGUGUAAAUCGUUGGCACCGUAUCAUCUGGAAGAGCGGCGGAACACAAUGUGACUAAGUUUUGUAAUGCUGAAUUAGCGUUGGCGUUUCGUCGUUACAUUCGGUGUAAACAGAAAACAUAUGGAAAGUGGAAUGAAGUGGAUACAUUUUAUUGGAAAAUUUGAAUUAUUAAGAGGAGAUAUGACAUGUAAUGUUAAUGAAGUCGAUAUAUACGACUCAGAAGUGAUCAACGUAACUUGCUACACAAGAAGAAAAUCAAACUCUAUAGAGUUGCAAUCUGGGAGUGUCGUGAGAACUGCGGUUUGAGUUUUCGAUUCGGAUUAGAGUAGGGAAUCGGAAAGGAAAAUGAGUUUCACUUGUUGAACGGUGCAACGUUCCCUGCGUGUACUCGUGGCCAUGCCAAUGCGAAAAUAUCGACCCACAUCGACGACGUCCGCCAGCUGUAGUAGUAGUAGCAGUAGCAACAGCACUAUAACAAAUCUGACCGUUACGAACGUGACACCGACGAUAACGACCCUGGCCGGCGCCACAAGUCUAACUCCUGCGGUACCACAGCACCAUCAUCAAGUUGCUGUUGCUACUGCCGCCACUGCCGUUGCCGGAACUGCCCAGCGAGUUGUCCACCAUCAUCACCAUCACGCGGCCAACUGCAAUUUGAAUCUCAUCACCAACGCCGCUGCAACUGCCGGAGCAUAUCAACCGGUCAAUCCGCAGCCUCAGCCUCAGCCGGCGCCAUUACAGCGAGCCACCGCUAUCCAUCCGGGACCGCCACCGAUUCUUGAUCCGCUUCCGCUUUGUCUCGAUGCCAACGGAACGUAUCUCUGCACCGCCUACAACCCACGAUGCUACAUCAUACAAAAGUUGACGCCAACGCCCGUUAGUUGCAUAACGUACGAGCUGACCCCGGUGGCGGCUCCAUUUGCGGCACUUCCGGCGACAAGUGUAUCCAGUGCGGUAGGUUCGCCAGCCUGCAUCGAAGAAAUCAUCGAAUAUCCUAAGCCACAUCCGGCAACGGUAGAUUUCGUCCAUCAGCCGCAGCAUCAUCAGCAACCUCAGCAGCAACAGCAGCCUUCUCAUCUUCAUCAUCAUCCGGUGCCACAAGUGGUGCACUACGUAGAUGGUGCGACUAGCAAUGUAAUAACUCCCACCAGUAGUGGCUGUGGUGCAGUUCUUGUGAACCCUGUGAAUGCUGCAUCGAGUGGCAGUGCAACCGGUGGUCACAAUGAGUUGCUUAGUGUGAUCGAAGCAAUUGGGGCGGGUUCAGCUGGGGGUGGUAGUGCGGCCAGUUCUGGGGGAACAAGUGCCGGCGAAGUGAUACCAAUCAUAGCUUCAAGUGGUACGAAUUUUACGUUUAUCGGCAACAGUAUUGCCACGACUAGUGCUGGCGUAGCAGGGGCCAUAGUUCCUGCGGGGUCCGGUUUGUUAGGUGCCGGAACGAUUACUAGUAUGCAACCAGUAGGAUUAGGAACAGUUACCAAAGUACAAAGUAUGCUUCAGCCGGCGACGCUGCAAAUUGCCACCCCAGUCGGAGGAAAUUAUGCACCCGGUGCCAACCCAGGAGGUUACGUGUUGAUGAAUGGGGAUGCUGGUAAAAUGCCCACAGCUGCCGCAGUUUAUCCAACAGGUGCUGAAGCCAUCAUCACCGGUGGGAUGGCCGGGCUAACGCUAGUUGGGACACAUCCUUCACAGACAGCGCACCUAACCCUGGCACCAACGACGGUGGUCCCCGCGGCUGUGGCCGUUCCUACCGAUUACACCGUCAUGAAUGGCGGUACUCUCAACACCACCGUCACUAACCAGAACAACAGCACCAAUAACAACACAAACAAUAUCAGUAGUAACAGUAGCAAUAUGAUGCUAUCGAACGAAACGGCAGCUGGUGAGUACUACGUGGACAACAACAGUGCAGCUGCCCUCACUUCCUCGUCUACAGUUACCACAAACAAUAACAACAACACUAGCAGCAAUCAGAGCAGUAUAACUGCCAGCAACAGUAACGUUAAUAACAACAUUAGCAGUAAUGUUAGCAGCAGCAGCACGCAGACAACAAUGGGCAGCGGCGGCGCAGGUGGCCCCGUUGCUGCUGGCAUUGUCAAUAGCGGCGGUAUUGGUGGCCCUGCCGCUCCUACCGCCAACGCCACCACCAGCACCAGUGAUACCAGUAGUACCGAAAACAACGGUAUGCCUUUAGAGCAGCUGAAGCAGCAACUACAGACGCAGCUCGAUUACUAUUUCUCGAGAGAAAAUCUAGCCAACGACACAUAUCUGAUAUCCCAGAUGGACAACGAUCAGUACGUGCCGAUCUGGACGGUGGCUAACUUCAACCUGGUGAAAAAGCUCACCAAGGAUAUCAAGCUCAUCACAGAGGUGCUGCGCGAUUCGCCCAACGUGCAGGUAGACGAAGAGGGCCUCAAGGUGCGACCGAAUCACAAGCGUUGCAUCGUUAUCCUGCGAGAGAUACCGGACAAUACACCGAUAGAAGAGGUUAAGAACAUUUUCCAAGGUGAAAACUGUCCACGAUUUAUCUCGUGUGAAUUUGCUCACAACAAUUCCUGGUACAUCACGUUCGAAUCAGACGAAGAUGCCCAACGAGCGUUCCGGUAUCUAAGAGAAGAAAUCAAAGAAUUUCAGGGAAAACCGAUAAUGGCUCGAAUAAAGGCCAAACCGAUGAACAGGCUUCCGCUCGCUACAGCAGUUCCGUUGAAGAAUGGUUUCCGAACGACACCGCCGCCACCGGCUGGAGCAGCGGUGGCUGUUCCACCGGGUGCUGCCGGAACUUCGGCUGCUGCUGCCGCCGCGGCCGCAGCCGCAGCAACGGCUGCUAUUUACGACCCUGCACAAGCCGCAGCAGCGGUUGCCUUUCCUGGACAGCAGCGGUACAUUGCACUGCAGCCGAAUCCGAGCGCGAUACCUCAGGGAACGGCAGUGCCAGCCUAUAACGCACCAGUUCAUAUGUUUCCAUUCCAGCAGCAGUUUUAUCCCGGCAUAAUGCAACCUUGGCCAACUGCCCCACCGCCAGCUCAAAAUUACUACGAUUUGAGUACGUUUGUUGCGAGCAAUGGGCUUCAAGUUCCCUUCACCACCGGCGGAGGAAAGCAACAAAAUGGUCGAUUUAGCAUGCAGGGUAACAUUGGUGGACCCCAUCGAGGCAACAUCCGCAGUAAACGACAGCCGAACCCAUCGAUACCAACUGGCAGCAACGAGCAUCGUUCCGGUGGUGCUAACACGGGCGGUGGCGGGGGAGGAACGAAUGUUGCAGGCCAAAACAACGCAGCAGGAUCAGUGACAAACGAAAGCCAACCGAAUCAUCGAGUUUCCAAUCAACCAUCUCACUACCAUCAACAGCAACAACAGGCAUCUCAACAGUCACAACAAUCCCAGCAGCAACCGCAACAGCCUCAACAACAACAGCAAACGCACUACCAGCAGCAAUCUGGCGCUGGGAAGAACUCCUCUCUCUUAGGACAUGGAGGAAAGACCUAUCAUAAAGAUCCAUCUAUUGUGCCACAUUACCAGCAUUAUCAACCGCAGCAACAGCAUUAUGGCAAUCAUCCCCAGUCACAUCACCAUCAUCAACAGCAGCAGCAAGGUGAUGAUACGAACAGUUCUACCGGUAUGCGAUCGGGCAACCAAACCGGAAGCAGUGCAGACCACUAUCAAUCGAACGACGAUAGCAGUGGAUACAGCAGCUUACCGUACAACAGUGGUCGAAAUAAGAAUCUUGAUAGUCAACAGUCGCAGUCCGGUCCGUGGGCAUCGAAUCAAUCUCGACGACAUACUCGACGAAGAAAAGAUGACAUGGACGGAAGCGGCGGAGCGAUGUACAGUACUGGAGGCGGAAGUAUUCGGUCUAAUAUGAGCUACAGUAGUAAUAGUAAUAGUCUUAGCAGUAGUAUGAACAACGGUGCAAAUUCCAAUGUGAAAGUUAUGAACACAACUAGUCUGAAUCAAUUGAUCCCUUCGUCGUCGGGUGGUCCUCCGCAUGGGCGUGGUCCUCGUGGCGGUGGAAAUCAGGAUAACCAGGUUCACAAUCCAACGGUUUCGGGAAACGUGAUUGCGUCGAUGGGUGGCGAAGCUGGCGGCGGUGGUAGUCAUCAUCAUCAUCACCACAGUGCUGGUGGUGGCGGUGGGGGCUAUCAUCCUCAUCAUCAUCAUCGGGGCGCGGUUGCUACUGGGUUUCACCAGCAACAUCCGCACCAUCACCACCAACAGCAGCAGCAUCAACAGCAACAGCAGCAGCAGUCGCACUUGCAGCAAUCGUCCAACAGCAGCAAUGCACAGCAGCAGCAGCAGAAUGCCGCCAGCACCCCCCAAUCGACGCAAUUCGACCUUGAACCAGCUGCAUUUCCACCCCUCCCAGGUCAUGAUGACAACACCACCAGCAAUUCCACCGGAAGCGGUGGUGGACGUAACAAACACCAUCAAUCCCGCGAACAGCAUCAUCAUCACCAGCAGAAUCAUCCGAACAGCCAAUCAUCGAACGCAGCCUCCUCUGGUGGUGCCGUUUCCGGUGGUGGCAACCAUGGUUCCUCUAGUGAUCACUCAUCCUCCUAUGGCGGCGGGAGUGGCACCACCGAUGGUUCCACACAUCCCGUGGCAACCGCCUGGGGCGAAAGUCGACUAGCCGAUGUUGUCAAAGGUACUGCCGCACUCUCAACGAAUGCCUCAUCGAAAGUAGCAGUAGGAGCAAAGAGUACGACUUCCCCACCGCCACAACAGCCAUCCCAAAGUAGCACCAACAACAAUAGUGAGCUUAGUCAAAAAAACUCCCUAGCUUCGGCAGCUGCCACUUCAGAAGUGAGCGCAGCCGCCGGACGUGACCAUCAGCCUUCAGCAGCAGCAACAGCAAACACACCGAACGUUUCCUUACAUGGCAACAGUGGCAACAGCAACGACUCUGCCUCUACGGCCUACAGCAGCAGCAGUAAUAGCGGCAGCAACAAUAACAGUAGCAAAGUAACUAAUAAUCCUCUUCCUGUGAUAAAAUGUACAACCACAAGUACAUCUGCAAGCACCACUGCUGACAAAUCUACUAAGACUGACGAGUCAUUACUACUGCAAGUUAAUGGCUUAGAUUCAACGGUAGCUGCAAGCCCGGUAUCUACAUUUCGCAAGGCUCCGGCUGAUCCAGUAAGUUGUCCCACGACAACCAAUGCUGCUACAAUGACCUCGACUGAGUACGUUAUUGCUGCCUCAUCUAGCAGCAGUUCUUCCGGCUCCAACAAGCAUCAUACGACGUCAUCCACAUUACUUUCGGUUACUUCUAAUACUAGUACAUCAAACUCCGUGGCUGUGACUUCCGCAUCAACAAUGACCGUACCGGUAUCGGCUACCAAAGCGAAUAGUUCCAAUGCCAAACAGGGCGGCACUGGUGGCGGUCAUAAGAAUCCUAAAUCGCCAACCACGCCGACGGCAGCUACCGUUGCCGCUGCGGUCGUUGCUGCAUCGUCUUCUUCGACUAGUUCGUCACAUGUUUCCGCUCCGCCACCUUUCUCCUUACAAAACCAUCCCCCUUUAGGAGGCGUUCAGGUCAUUGUUCCCGAACCGCCUCAGCCAACUACUCAGGUACGCCUUAGCUAUGCUCAGGUUGCUCAGCAUCUGAAGGAGCAGCAGAUGAAGGAAAAAGAACAACACCAAGACGGUAACGCUAAAGUUGUGGAAAAGGAAAAUUCUAAUCAUCAUCAGCAGCAGCAGCAUAUCGUCGGGGUUAGCAGUAGUAGCACCAAUAAUGGGCAAACCAGCGGUAGUGGUGCCAGCAGCAAGAAGAAGGAUGCACCGCCUAGCUCAAGACUGUCAACAUCCUCGUCGCAAUCGCAACAUAACAACGACGGAUUCAGGGAACAGAGAGAAACUCGCUUCAACAAUGUCAGCAGCGCCAGCAACUCUGCCAAUUCUCGCCAGAACGCCAAAGAUUUCCGCUCCUCGACGGGUGGCCCCAGUAGCAACAGUAACAGCGGUGGUGCUACCAAUGCAAUCUCGUCUCAAACCGCCAACGCCGGCACUGGUAGCAGCACUGCUGGGAAUGUAACCACAGCGACCUCCGGAGGUGCCGGUCAUCGAGGAGAAGCCAACAGCAACUCCGUCGCCGCUGGUGCCACCUCCAACAGCAACGGCAAUAGCUUGAAGGCGUCUAGCAACAGUGCAGGUGGUAGAACGGCCCGCCCGCACCAGCUGAAGGAUUAUGUCCAACCGCAGCACCAGCAGGGACCCCGAAGUCCCAAAUGAUGACGCUUGAUAUGGAUUUAAGCCGGACGAGCCACAAGCAUAGGAAACUGAAGCGUAUUCAGCUGAGUAGAGAGCCCGCCGUGUUGUUCAUUGUUUGAUUCGUGCGAGGUUUGUAGCAUACCACUCUAUACGUUGUACCAGGGUCGUAGAUGAACUUGGUCGUUCAGGCAGAUAAGGCAGUUAGAAAAGAAAAUCUUGUUGGCCGGCGAGACAAGGCAAAUUGGUUAUUUUUCUUUGUUGAUUUUUGUGUUAGGAUAGGGAAACAAGAGAAAACGAUUCGUUCGACUGAAAUGGAAUAGGAGGGGCUAACGUUUGAAACUAAGCGAAGGAAUAUGAUUUUCCUUCGACAAAUGAAUGCGUGUUCAGUGCCGUUUUGACUGCAAGUUCAGAUCUCAAGUGAAAAGGAAACCCUAGGAAGUGAUGUCGGCAUGGAAGCAAGAUGAUGGAACAGGAAAGCAAAAAACUACCUUUGCUUUUCGGAAUCGCACAACACCAGUGCGAAAGAUUUAGAAGUCUGACCAUUUGUUAUCACUUUCGAUAAGUUACGCCGGUUAUUUCAUGUUUAAAGGUUGGUCCAAUCGGAAACAGCUCUCCAGAAUCAAUUUGACACGCUGGGUAGUUUUUUGAUUUCGUGUAGUAAGUAUUACUAUAGUAGGUUCGUGGAAACGUAGGAAACCUUCGAAAAUUUCCUGCAAUAUUGACAAUUUUUAGUAUGUAGUUGGCUAUCGAAUGGCGAAAGAGAUAAUAAGAAUGUGUUUAAAAAGAUUCGAAUGCUCAUUUGACUUUUCUAUCUAAAUUAAAAUUAAUUUAAUUUUCUUAUGUUUGCAUCGAUUACAUUCACAUAUAAGAAAUUGGUUACGGUAGUUGUUUGUUUGUAGGGUUUCCACAUUAAUUUUCCUGGAAUUUCCAUCGAAUUCACAAGUGUUUGAAAAACAAAUAUAAUAAAAGCAGGGUUUGUCACGGUAUGCCUUCAUGUCUGUUUUGCCGUCUCGAUUUCAUAAAUUAUUGUCGCGUCAAAAUGCAGAUUUGGAAGAAACUACUGCCGGAUUUAAGUUUUACUUCACUAUCUUCUUCGCCCCCGAAUUCUAACCUCAAGAUGUAAGAACUGUUAUAAAAAAAUGAAUAUUUUCAUAAAAGCUAUGUUAUGAACCAACAAAAACCACAUCCUAGUCUUUUAUAUUGUUUAAACGUCCAAACGAGCAAACUAAAAGAGGAAGAAAAAGUCUAUCGGUUGAUAUCUCUAUUCAUAAUCCCCCAAUUAUUUCUUUAUUCAUUAGACUACACUAUUUAAUCUGUUAGUUAUUAUACCCACAACCACAAACAGGUGAACAUUACCCUUAUGAUCUAUUGUUUUUGUUAUUUGUUAUCUAUUGGUUUAUUAUAAUUUCAUUUUAGGUCUAUGUAUUUGCAAGUGUAAUUUAGCCGCGCUUUUUUUCUUCAUAUACGAUACUGUCUGUUAUCAAUGCAGUGUUCUCGGAAAGUGAAACGUUUCAGGUCAAUCAUUUCAUUGCAUUAACAUUUAUCGCUGCCAAUUAUCUCACGUCUCAUGAUUUGUGUAAUUUUGUGGCAAAACUUUGUCAAAUUCGAAAUUAAAAAAGUCAAACUUGGUAUUGUAAGAUUCUGUCAGUGCCAGGUAUUAACAUACUUUCCACUAAUUAUGGACACGAUAUAUCGUUCUUUUGGAUAUGAGUACCUAAGAGUGCUCAGUAAAGAAGGUUCUCGUUGACGACACCUUAGAUUGGACUAUUUCCAGUGCUGUACGAGUCGAGACGAAAUUAUAGAAGCGUCACGCAAAAUUCUCCUUCUCUAUCAUCACUCUCAAUUGGCUGGCCUGCUCUAUGACAUUCACUACAGCAAUUGUUUGGAUUUUUUAUAUGGAGUUUCGAGGUUAUGUCAGGCGUGCAAUGAUUUAUAAAAGUUUAUUUGAAUGUGCGGUCAGUGGUGGAAAUGUUUGCAUCACGAAGCGCUCCACGAGUGUAAAGCAACGUAAAACAAACAUGGCAGACUCGCGAACAGGUUUGGUGUGAGUAAGUUUGCAGCAGCCUGCUCAGGAACAAAAGAAAUAGAAAAUAGUUCACGAACAUUUGCUUGCGGGUAACUGAACAAGGUGUGAUUAUGGUUUUAACAGGCAAAUCAAAUAUAUGUUCAUCAAAUCGAUAGUAGUUUGUAGUAAAAACCCUUGAAAACCAGAAAUCUCGGAGAUAAAAUAGCUUUUUUUCCCAAAGGCGCAAUCGAUUCUGAAAGACUCGCUCAGAACACGUUCACGAAUCACUUUAGCUUCGCUACUCGCGAGCACGACCGAUGCGAGUGAACCAGCAUUCUGAUGCUCGUGAGCAUUAUGUUUUGUUUUUGGUCCACUUCAGCAGACCUGAUCGAUCGCCACUUUCCAUCACUGAUGAGGGGGCAGUGUUGGUAGUCUAACACUCAAAUCUCAAUCAUUGAGUUCUCCCGCAAGAGCAAACUCAUUUGAGAUUUGUUUCGCCAAACUCACGCAUGAGAUUUUGAUGCUAAAGCAUUUGUUCACAUCGUGAAUGAAUGAAAAAAUGAUCCAAUCAUAAAACUCAUUGUAUUAAUCCCAAUGUUAUUGUUUACACUAGAAAGGUUUGUUAUGUUUCUAGCAGAAAAUCAAAGAAUACGUGCUUUGUGUAAAAAAAAACUGUGGGCAAUGAGCCAAAUGGAUGAGCCACCUCAUGCAUGAUGUUGUGGCUGUUGAGUUUUGUCGUGAGUUAAAACUCAUGCGUGAAAAAUCUCAAGUAUGAGAAAUGAGAACGUGAGUGAGGGCCUUUCUUGGAGAAACCUAUGUAGCAAUGAGAGAUUCUCUUCUCUCUCAUUCAAUUUUAAAAGAGCAAUACUAAAGUUUUUCUUCAAAGUUCGAAAGACAAUAUCCUAGGCUAGCGUUUCAUAAAAAAAAAAUGCGACAGAAGAGUGGCUCAGUUAUUGAUCAAAAAGAAAGUAAACAAAAUGAGCCUCUCAAUGUUAGAUAGGCUCUUUUUAAUGUAAAGAUACGCGAGAUAUGUCAAGGCAAACAUUACGAUCCAUGAGAAUUAAAAAAAAAAAAUCUAUACUGGAAAGGCCACAGAGGGGACAUUUGGAUUGCUUGUGGUAUCACCUGAUUGAGCGUUCAUAAUUUACGCCACGCUCAUAACUUGGAGAAAGGGUCUCUUCUUGCUAGCUAGCUAUGCCCCAACUGGAACAUGCCCUGCUUCUCAGCUUCUCAGGUGUUCUACGAGCACUUCCUUAGUGCUGAGAACUUUUUAAAUUGAACAUGGUAGUUUUUGUGUGACGUAAUUGAUGAACGUUCAGUAAGGUAUCAAGCUGCUUCGUUGAAAGAGCAGAAAAAUAUUAUUGUAGAAUUUGAGAAAGAAUUUUUGAGGUAAAGAUGGGCACCCUUUGUGACGUUCUUACCAAAAUUUUUCAAUAAAUUAUAUGAGAUUCCAAAGAAUAACAAAAAAAAAAAAA